AUGCCUGAUACCGUUGAUCCCCUUGCCGACACAGCCUUUUAUCUCCUCCUUUCUGGCGUCAUUAUCUUCAAUAGCCUGAAUCACUUCGUUAUUCGCAAAGAGUCGUGGUUCCAAAUCAGCCUCAACGGAACCAGUCUCAACACUCGUGAUGUCGCCGAAAUUGCUGAACGUACUCCAAUCACUGUAUGUGAACGGACAGUUAUCGCAGUAGGUGGCUGCGUUGGCAUCGCCUCAUAUGUUGUCACCUUCGCCAGAAGUAUUGCUACAACCAUCAAGGAUCUGUCCAACGGGGGAAACUGCAACGCUAUGCACGGCACCUUUGAAGGCCUGAAGUGGACUUACUACUCCACUGGCCGGAACUGUGAUACCACUGCUCAACAUGAUACCAUCGCUGGUGCUAUCAAAAAAUACCUGAACAAUGUCGAGCACAACGAUAUUUGCGGUACUCAGUGCCUUCGCAUGGACCAUGGUGGAACCUGGGAUGGAUGGUUGAAGCUGGCCCCCGUUGGUAGCUUCAACGAGAUAUGCCUACUGUGGUCCCUCUUUGUCCGUUGA